AUGAGUCUAAGCCAAGAUCAGACAAUUCUUAGCCUGCUGCUGCUGUUGGCUAUUUGCGGACUCGUAGCUGCUUAUACGAGCAGCUUCGAGCCAAACCUAAGUCCGGCUGUCAGUGCUGCAAAUCUGAGUCAAAUAAGUUCAGAAGUCAGACUAAGUCGAGCCAAGCGUAUUGCUAUCUACAACGGUCAGGGCGUAGUCAAGUUCGUCGUCAGCAUUGCGCAUCCUAUCAAGCUGAUCGAGAAAGAACAUUCCUUCUGGUUCUUCUAUAACUUACAAAGCCAAUACAUACCCACAACAAUACCCCUCUACUGGUGGAGCUUUUGGAACACAACCACCUUUGUCUCCACGGCCCGUCAGCUGCGCAAGGGUAUGCAUGCCACGCUGCAUCGAGAUGAUACGCGCCGUUGGGUCUACGAUACCAUUGAGGCUGGCAUGGCAAUACUGGCUGGCAACGAACGUGGCGCCAACUGCUUGCUGCGCAGCAUCUGCGAGAUCUCUCAAUUGCCCUUUGAGAACAGCAAUAUCUACAGCGAAAUACUCAACGCAGUGCUUAUACCAACAGCCGACAAUGUUGCUGAGAAGUAUAUUAAUGCCAGAGAUGCAGGACGUGCCGGGGCCGAUUGCCUCAAAACCUAUGACAAUUGCAGCGAAAAAACUUGGAAUUUGUUAACGAACAUCAAUAAGUUGAAUCUUUGAAUAAAUACAAUUUAGUGAAUUCUAAUAGUAUUGACAGGUUUUAAUGGCAGAAUCGGCGACAUUAGCGCAAGUUAAUUCAAUUGACAGAUUUAAUUUAAAUAAUUAGACCAUGUAAGCAUUUUGUAUUAAUCUUGGCUCAUAACUUCAUGGUGACACCUUAACUUUGCCUGAAUUUAUCCGGGUCGAUAGAAAUUGAAUAAGAACCAAGUCAAUUGUGCAGCUGACUAUGAUCAAUUCUUUGUGUACAUCCUGGCUUAACAGAUCGGUGACUUGCCAGUUGUAAAAAUAAGGUGAACCAUUUUAAAAUAAGCAGCGACUUGAUGUUUAGCUUCCCGUUGAGCAGUCGAGUAAUAUAUUUUGGCCUCAAUGCAACUUACAAUAAUUAACCAUUAAAAUAAAUUUCGUUGGGCAAUUAGCCGAAUACUAC